AUGGCUGAGCAACAAUCGCAACGAAAACAAUUGAUUUAUUCCAUAUUAAAGUUUUUGGAUCAUGAAAUUCGAACUGAAACAACAAAUGCCGAAAGACGAGAAAGCAUCGAAGUUGCUGCUCAAUGCCUUGAAACAGCCUACGAUGUAACGUUAAAUAAUCCGGAAGGUGACAGAGUUUACGGUCCAUCGUUGGAUUUAUUAUCGUUAAUGUCAGUACCAACAUCGUCGACAUUCUUCACUUCAUCCGGGUCAUCUCAAACAAAUGAAGGACUCUCUUCGAUUCCAUUAACAGACGAUAUGCGUCAACAAGCUGACAAAUUCAAAAAUGAAGUUAGACAAGACAAAUUUAAAGAAGCAUUGAAUGCCUACAAUGCUGCGAUUAAAAUUGACGGGAAUAAUGCUAUAUAUUAUUGUAAUCGAGCAGCAGCACAUAAUAAAUUGGGAAAUAAUGAUCAAGCUAUAGCUGAUUGUCAUCGCUCAAUAUCAAUUGAUCCAAAUUAUAGUAAAGCGUACGGACGCCUUGGAGUUAUUUAUUUAUCUAUGGAUAAAGUGCAUGAGGCGUACGAUGCAUAUAAACAAGCAUUAGUAUUGGAGCCAACAAAUGAUAAUUAUAAACAAUCAAUUAGAUUAUGUGAAGGUCGAAUGGGCGCACCUCAUGCAAAUAAUACAGGACCUGCUGGUGCUGCAGGUGGAAUUCCUGGUAUGCCACCUGGUAUGGGAUCAAUGUUUGGGCAGAUGAUGGGUGGUUUAGGUGGUGGGCAAGGUACUCCUGAUAUGAUGUCAUUAUUCAAUAAUCCUUCCUUAAUGAAUAUGGUUAGCAUUUUUCAAUAA